UUACCAAGUUGCUUCCAAUAUCCGAUGGAUAUAAAUAUGCUGGAGCCUUCAAAGUUUUUGCACCGUACCAUACCAUCAAAUAGGAUUAACACAUACAUAACUUUUUAUCUAAACUUUAUUGUUUUAUUCAUACACAUCUCUUCUUCCUUCAUGACCACCUUAAUCUUUGCUGUUGGAAUUAUUGGAACUGUGUUAUCCCUUCUGGUUUUUGCCUCUCCUAUAACGACAUUUCGUGAAGUGGUGAAGAAAAAAUCUACAGAGAAUUACAAGGUAGCUCCAUAUAUAGCAACGUUCCUGUGUACAAGUUUAUGGAGUUUCUAUGGAGGUCUAAAGCCCGGUGGUUUUCUUGUGGCAGCGGUCAAUGGUGCCGGUGCCCUCUUUCAUUGCGUCUACAUACUUCUCUUCCUCCUAUAUUCGCCCCAACAUACCAAGGUAAAAACGGCGCAAUAUGUGGGUGUAGUGGACGUGGGUUUUCUGGCGGCAGUAAUUUCAGUAACUGUUUUGGGUCUUGAUGGAACCAUCCAACUAACAGUUCUAGGAAUGUUAUGUUCUGGUUUAACUGCAGUCAUGUAUGCUUCCCCGCUAUUAGCCAUGAAAACGGUGAUCAAGACAAAAAGCGUGGAGUACAUGCCGUUUUUGCUCUCACUUUUCAUGUUUCUAAAUGCUGGCGCGUGGGCACUCUACUCUCUCCUUGUCAGAGAUUUUUAUAUUGGAAUACCAAAUCUUGUUGGGCUACUAUUGGGCUUGGCCCAGAUCACAGUUUACUUAAUGUACAAAGAAAAAGCGAGAGCGACUUCAGGAAAGAGGAACAUGAUGAAUGCGAUGGAAAUAGGAGCAUAUGGUUACGAGUGCGAAGAAAAACCAAGCAAGACAAAUACGAACGGUUAUGAUGGUAGAGCUAUAAAAGUGACACAGAAAGCUCUUAAAAAGACGAAUAGUCUCCCAAAGCCAACACUGAACCGAGAACAAACCAUUGAAAGGGUCCUCCAAAAGGCACUUUCUUUUGGGGAAUAUAAUAAUGAUUAUCAUCAUGAUGAUGUUUACUCCAUUAUUCAUGUUAGAGAAUCAUUAGAAUCAUUUUAGAUCAGUUAGUAUCAUUUAUAUUUAUAUAGUAUAUAUGUGUAUUAAUUGUAGGAUUCUAUGCCUUUAUUAUUUUGAUUCUUCUGGCACCUAUAUAUACCACUUGUAUAUUGUAUUCUUGAUCAACCUGAAUAAUACACAAAAACACUUUCUUUA